GCUGCCUCGUCCCAAACCCAAACCCUCGCUUCUCAGAGAGAGAGAGGGGGGAAAAAAGAAACUUUCCGCCGUCGCCGGCGCUCCCGCUCCCACCGGCCUCGGAUCAACGAGCGUGCUGUCCCGUCCGAGAGCUCACCGGCAAGGGAGCAGCUACCUCGUCGUCGACGGCGUCGCCAUCAGGAGACGGCGACCUCGAGGCCGGCCAUGGCGUCUAGGUCUUGCAGCGGAUAGGCCCAGUAUUAGUUCAGGCCGGAGAAAGGAGCGGUGGUUUGGAUCUUGGUUUCGGUCUGCAGUACCAGCAGCAAACAGCAAGCAAUUUAGUUCUGGUACACUUGAGUUUUGUUGGCGAUGGACAGCAGCAACUCCAACAAGAGGAGAGGCGAAGCUCCGAGAGAGGGAGACCGCUGGAUGGAUGUCAGAAUAUUGAAGGAGACCCUUGACUGCACAGUCUGCUUUGAGCACUUCAGCACUGAGAUUUAUCAGUGUUCUGUGGGGCAUUUCAUAUGCUCGUCUUGCCGCGACAAGAUACUGGACAAGAAGUGCCCCACGUGCUCUAUCAAAACUUCCUUCAACCACUGCUUUGGGAUGGAACAUGUUGUCCGGUCAGUUGCAUUUCCUUGCUCCAAUGCCAAGUAUGGAUGCAGAGAGGGUCACGCACAUUGGCGGACCAGUGCACACCAAGGAAGAUAUUGCGGGCACCUUGGAAUUUUGUUGGCGAUGGAUGGUAGUAGCUCCAGCAAGAGAAAACCUGAAGCGCAGCAAGACGGCGAGAGCAGCGCCAAGAGGCUCAAUGUCACCGUGGGGCUGGAGUCCCUUGACUGCCCCAUCUGCUUUGUGUCCCUCAGUCCUCCGAUAUUCCAGCAUAAUAGCUAUGGUUGUGGCUUCGCUGGACCCACAAAGGUGCUCCUGGACCAUUUCACCACCCAGCACAAGUGUCCGUCGACAACCCUCCCAGACUCUGGCACGCUGUCUCUCUGCUUACAACCGGGUUUACAUGUUGUGAAGUGCACCGGGAACAGCUACUUUUUCUUGCUCAGCAUGGCAUCAGAGCCUUACGGACAUGCCAUCUCAGCCGUCUGCGUCCAACCAAACAUGACAGAAUCCAAGUUCACAUGUAAUAUGAGUUACGACUGCAUAACGACGGGCUGUUGUGGAAGUGCAAGCUGCCACAUAAGGAGCUCUUCACUCUCUGAUGGGCUUCCGACAGUGUAUGACUUAAUACUUCCCAAGGGAAAGGUUUUUGAUGAUGCAAACGGUAUCAUGCUUAGAGCUAGCAUUCAUCAUCAACCUUUAAGCCUCAGCAGAUCUUGUUUUCAAGGAAAUGGCCUGACUCCUGCUUUUCACGAAACGCCCGAUACUCCAUGAUGUGAUGGUGAUGAGGAGGAUAAUACACCUUUACGUCUCAGCAGAUCCUGUCUUCGAGGAAAGACCCCGACUCCUGCUGUUCAACGAAGUCCCGAUACUUAUGAUGAUGAUGAUGAUGAUGAUGAUGUUGAUGAAUGGUUUGCGAGGAUGAUGAUGCGCAGCAUGAGGAGGGUAUCUGAUUAUAUACCUCUAAGUCUCAGCAGACCUCAAAGUAUCUGUCUUGAUACUGAUGAUGAGGAGGAUGAAAUACCUUGAUCUCUCAGAAGAUCCCACCCUGCUGCUGAACGAAGUCCUGAUACUUAUGAUGAUGAUGCGCAGCAGGAGGAGGAUGGGUAUGAUGAUAGACCUGUAAGUCUCGGCAGACCUCGAAUUGUUCGACGAAGGAUCUAUUCAGAUACUGAUGAGGAGGAUAAUACAUGUACCUCUAAGUGCCAGCCGUGCUCGUGUACGCUAAAGGAUUAGCGUGGACUUGCUGGUUGCUGUUAUUCUGCCUGACUUUUGCACUUCUGGUUGCAGGAUAUAUAUGUCAAAUCUUUAUUUAUGGUCUCAAGUAUCACCGUUGUUUAGCAUUGCUGCAGCUUCUUGAACGCAUUAGUAGUGUUUGGCGUGUGGCUCUAGAGUCUGAAUGCAUGGAUGUGAUUGCAGCUUUGGGCUCGAUGAUGAUGCCAGCUCAUGCAAUUUAUGAGGAAA